AUGGAGCCCUCCGUGGUACCCUGCGAUCCUUACCCACCAGGAAUGCUUCUUAGGGAGACCAAACAGGAAGUCCCCAGCCUUGAGUAUGACGUGAAGGAUAAUCAACCAGAUGCAGGCGGAACUUUGACGUCAAACAUGGUUGGACGAAUAUCGGGGUCAGAGCACGUUAUGCAGCCACAAAGUGGGGAAAGAAACUCAUUCAUUUCUAUCACACCAGUGAUUUCACGGGCGACCAAGGUAAAGCCCCCACCGACAUGGUUGCCCGAUGACUGGUACUACGAAGACAUCGAGAGGAAAUCGGGUAGAUCAAUUGGUAAAAUAGACCGGGUACUCCUCUGAACCUAGUACCUUAUUUGGUACAGACACUCCUGUUUCGUGUUAACUACUUUCCUGAGCAUCUUGUUUUACAAUUGCAUGUCCCUUUCUCUUAGAUUAUGCCUGUCAAUAUGUUUCUUAUACAAUUAUGUUCAAAGAUUUCUUCGUCGAGACAUAACGGUUCUAGGUAGUGUUGGGCCUAGCAACAUGGGGGGGUGGGGGUGAGGAAGGAGGUGGCGGUAUUGAAUUUGUGCGUACUCAGCGACAGACUCAGAUGAGCUAUACCACUGGUUCAGGUAGUUGUGUAUGUGGGUACUAUGAGUUGCGAUGCAGAAGUAUUUCCAGACAACCUGAGACUUCGGAGAAUCCCACCUUCGGCUCACAAUAAAACUGCACUAUAAAUCAUGGGUACUAUGAUAUGCUAUACCCUAAGGUUACCCUCAAUAAUUUCGAGAAAACGGAUAAUAGUUCGUGAUUGUGGAACGAUGAUGAGGAAAUCUUCUCUUCACCUAUAUCAUCAUCAUUUCUUCAUAGAAGUGUUGCACCUGACCCUCAGUCUUGGCUCUUCCUGUUUGAACAUAUCUUCUUGAAGGUCAUUACUAAGCAAAGCACAAUCCACUGGUGCCAAUUCAGAUGGGACAGAAGUCUCAAGAUAUAUGUGCUUUCGGUAACGUUUUUGCCUAGAGAAACUAAGACUAAGCCAUUGGCAACUAGGCUUGCUUGCACAACAAAAUGUUUCUCUUAAAAAGUUCAUUCCCUUUAAUCUUCAUAAUAUUUGUUCUUACUACAGUAAGAUAGCUGUAACUAUUUCAACUUUUACUAGUUUAGCCAUCAUCUAAUAAUUCUAUUGUUAAUCCAUAAUCAUUAGAUUUUCUUCUCUAAGACAAACUCUUCUCCUUAUUCAUAUUGGACAUAGUUUGUUUCAAAGGUACACAAUUAACUUCAAAUCUUGUAACCAUCUUUCUAUGGUAAGAAUUGCUCAAGUAAAAUUUGUAGUGUCUUUCUUGACUUUCUAUUUCCAUUUCCAUGCAAUUGAUGAUGUUAGUAGAAAGGUCAUGGUAACUUAGUCAUUUUAAGCGCCCAUAGUUUUCUAGUGCUGAGAUAGCAUGCAAUUUUGACCACCAUGUGGAACCUAAUUCCAUCACCACCACCAAAUUGGCAUGAAAUUUUUCUCAAUUUUAUUUAUGAUUUUUUAGAUAUUGGCAUUGUCUUAUGAGCCAUACUAAAGGAUGAUGCUCAAAUCAUUUGUCCUUGGUUCAAAACUAUUGUUGAAGUGAAGUUUAGUAACCCAUUAAACAUAUCAAAGUAGUAAAUCUUUAUCAUCUGAAAGUACACGUUCAUUUGAAACUAUGCCGUUUUGGUUUAAUCAAUGUAAAAUAAUGAUUGAAGAAUUUAUUCUUUUCUUUUCCUAGUAUGUUUCUCUAAGAAAUUUUACUUCUCUAACUACAUAUAAAUCCUAUUAAACUACAACAGCCUCCCAUUAUCUUUAUAUUAUUGUGCUAAUCUUGCAUCUUGUAGUAUUCCCAACUAGAACGAAAACCAGUAGAAUAAAUGUAUUUAUCUACAAAAAAAAUUAUUUAGUUUCACAAAUACUUUGAAUGCUACUCAAUUCCUUAAUACAAUUUUUACAUCUAAUGGCAUCUAUGUUCCAUUUAAGGGUUUUAAUAUAGACACACCAUUCAUACACAUUAUUUUUCUCAACAUUUCUGUAUGUUGAGACUUGCAUAAUUGAUAUCACUUGGAAAACAUUCUAAACUAUGAUAUAUUCCACAUUAUCCACUAUCCGAGUUCCAAUAUAGGUCCCGAUUCUUUAUAACUAAUACCAUUUUUAUACCUUAGAUAUCACAACCACAAAGGUAUGUUGGCUAACUAGGGUAGGAUAGAAGUUCAAGAAAUGUGGGAAGGUUGUUUUGGGGUUUCCUAUCAAACCACAUGAGAAGGUAUAGAUUGUCAAAGAAAGUUUGAACUUCAGACUCUUAGUAGAAUGUGUAGGGAAUUCGUGAGUAGACUGAUAAUGUUGAUUUUGAGGAUCAUUUUGUAGUGUACACCAAAAAUGAACAUAGGUUAAAGAAUUUGGUCUAACGGGCCAAAUUAAAGUCUUGGGCUAAACAUUUAGGCUUGAAUGAAGAAGAUGUCAUCAACAUAUAUUUCAACUAUCAACGCAUGAUUUUCCUUAGUUUAAGGUUUUUUGUUAAUUUUGACACAAGAUUAUGCUCUUUUGAAAUUAUGAAACCAAGGAAUUGUUGGCUACUAAUCUUCUCUUAUUAUUAAAACUUUUCCUUCCAAAACUAACUUAUUUUUGAAUACCCAUUUGGUGCUAGUUUUAGAUCUAUUUAAGUAAACAUAGGGUCAAAAACUUUGUAAUUUAAAAUUUAUCCAGCUCUUCUCUCAUUGAUCAAAUUUAAUUUUUAUUCUCUAAUACUUUCUCUGAAUUUUGGAGGCUAGUGCAAAUUAAGUAUGCUCUUUUCUAAUCUAAGAUUUAGUUUUCACUCUUUCAACAUUUCUUAUGAUGUGAUCCUUUGGAUAAUUUCUUACAAAAUUUCAAAAUUUUACUAGAUCAUUUUUCCUUGUUAAAUGAUUGAUUUGAGGAAGUUUUGCAUCUUCUUUAAUCAAUAUUUUUCUGAAAUUCCACCUUAAGAAUAUAUUGUUCAUCUGUAGGAAUCUUUCUUACUAUUAUCUUUAAUAAAAUUCAUCUUAAUUUAUUCUACAACAACAAUGGUUCAUUUGUUGAAAAUUAUACAAGCUCAAAAGUUAUUUGAAUAUCCCAGAAAUAUACCUUCAUUAUUCACAUCAAUUUUUUUAUAGUUUUUCAAUUGUGUUGUUAAGAUUAGGACAUUUAAAUAAAAAAGGCUUAAGAUAUCCAAUAUUUAGGUUAUUACCCUUGAUCAUGUAGCAUGCUGUAUUAAUUGAUGCCACCCAAAGGUAUCUUGGCAUUUUUUCCAGUUAGUAUUGUCUUAGAAAUAUGCAAUAAGCUUAUGUUUUUUGUCUCUAAGACACCAUUAUUCUUUGGAGUUCAUGUAAUAAAUGGUUCAUGCAAUAUUUCAUUGUUAUCAUGAAAUUUAAGACAACUCAAAGCUUCUUCUAGACUAUAAAUCAUCCAUAAUCAAAGCUCAUAAAUUUUCUUAUCUAGAUUUGGUAUAUGAAGAGAUCUAUUUUUGAUUUCUAUAGGUUGGGCUUUUAUUUUUUUUAUGCACUUUUUAAAUUCAUCUUAUAUUAUCAUCCUAUGUUGUACAUUUUAUUAUUGUCAAACCAUCAUUUCCUAUCAACUAUAUUAUGAAAAACCAUUACUUUCUUUCCUAUAGUAUACUUGCCAAAAUAUCUUAAGCUUACCACAUGCAAGCAACUUACCACCAACCUACUACAAACUAGCCAAUCUAUACAUUCAUUCUCUUAACUUUCGUAUGCAUGUUGAAACAUCUAUUAUGUGAUUUUGAAUCAAAACUUUGAAGAGUUAUCAGAUUUUUCCCUUAGGAAUAAUAGAGUAAUAUAAUUUUAGACAUCAAUGAAGGUGUGUUAUGUUUUUGCAGUAUUAUUACCAGAAGGGAUUGAAUCGAAAAUUCAGGUCAAUGUUAGAAGUGCUAUCAUACAUCAAACUUCAAAAGGAACAAACUGAAUGCGAAAUGAGGAAGAUCAAGUCCACCACAUCUACCAAUAAAGGAACUUGUUUUCCUUCAAUCAUCCAAGUUAAACAUCUCAUGUACUUUUAUGUAGGUUUCUUCAUCAUGAAGUUGCAUAAUCCUCUAAUCUAUACUUCACAUGUCCAUUGUAGGAAAUUGAUGCAACUUCUUGCCAAACUUGCAAAGGUAUGUUAAUAUUUCCACAAGGGCAAACAUUUUAUCAUAUACCUAUCCCAAAGACUGGAGUAAUGAAGGUGUGGGACAAAACAAAAGGAUGCCAUUCAGAUUCCUUCACAAAUAUGAUCAGGUUAUAAUUUCAAUUUUCCUCUCCAUUUACUUGUUGUAAAUACACCUUGGGUAGAUUACAAUAUCACUUGCAUCUUUUAUUUCAUCAUUACAUAAUGCUUUUAUUCAAGAAAUUAGCCACAUUAAACUUCUAAAAUUCACAUUUAAAUUAUUCAAAUGUAUUGGUUUCUCUAUGUUUUUUUCCCAGCUAACAAAGUGAAAUUGUCAGAGUAUGUGACACAAGCAAUGUUGGAUCGACUUCUGGUGUGGAUAUACCUUCUUCAUCCAUUAAGGCCGAAAACACUUGGCAAGGGCAUCAUUGUCACCACUCAACAUCAAAAGAGACUCGCAAUUAGCAUUUAUUUUCAUUCAUGAUUUCUACUGAGGUAUCAAGCAAUCUUGUGUGCAUGCAGUACAUUAAACAAAUUACUGCACAAGAAUUAUGAAAUAAAUAGUUUUUUUUCUCAUAAAUAAUAUCCAUAAUGAUGCUUCAUUAUGGAUAUAUAUACAUUUUUUCUUAUGUUGCAGUGUUUAUUAAUUGUACUAAAUGAGUGAAUAUAAGUCCCAAGAGUAAGACCCCUCAAAGGAAAGGCAUACUCAAGGGGUGUUGAGCUAUUAUACAAAUCAUGGGUGAUAUUUUAAAAGUUGGAUUAAUCUUGGGUACAUGAAUGGUUGAAUUGCUUUGACCUAAAUUAUUUAUGCUAAAAAGGAAAUAGAUAAAAGAUUUACUACACCACAUGAUAUUUUGCAUUUGUUUGGUCAAGCCCCAUGUCUACUCUUCCAAGCCUCCCCCCAAGUACUUUAAUUAUGUCGAUGUUGACAAAGUACCAAUUAUACCUAUAUUUUAAAGCCUUUAUUUAGUUGAGUAAAUGACUUAAAAAUCUUCUUGCACAUGUGAUGUUCUCAUGAGAAGGUUAAUGAACAUCCAUAAAGACAUAAUCUUGUGCAAUCUUUUGGACUCGAAAACCAGGUUGUUAAAGACUUAGUUUAUUUUGUGGAUCUUAUUGCUAGUAUACUUUAGGACAUUAUACAAUCAUAAAUGCCCAAACAUCCAUUAA